UUGUGUAAAAAGGUACAACUUCAACACAGGUUUGAAGGAUUCAACCUCACGGACCUUACAGGAGCUAUGAUGGGAUUGUAUUUAUUUAUUUUUUGAAAAAUAACAAAAAACAUAAUGAUUUCUAAUGAAUCUGGCUUUAUAUUUUCUAAAUGUGAAUGGCAAAUAUCUUACCUAUUAAGAGUUGUUUUUUUUUUUAACCAGCAUUGAAUCUUCGUCCCCAAAUUGUCACAUAGUUUUCCACAUUAAGUCUAAUUAAGCAAGAUGAAGAUAAAAUGGACCACGUUGGGCAUGGUUGUCUUCUUCCUGCUCUCUGUGGUUAUGACUUUCUGCUUCAUAUGGCAAUACAGGAUACCAAAGUUGAAGACAGAAGAUGCUCUAAAAGAAUUAUCGGCAGAGGAGAUGUGCCCACGUUAUCCUGAGCCUGUGCCCCUUAAACAUCCCAUUAUACCUCUAAGAGUGGCUUUAGAGAAGGUUGAUAUACUCUUGAGGGCGAGUGUUGACAAGACUAAGCUUCCAGCAAUAUCUGCCAUUGUGGUUUUGAAUGAUUCUGUUCUUUGGAUUGGUAAUUUUGGCAAAAAGAAUAUUAGUGAACCAACAUCUCCUGCACCCAAUGAGUACACAGUGUACAGAAUUGCAAGCCUUUCCAAGAUAUUUCCCACCCUGAUGUUGUACAAGCUGUGGGAAAUAGGCCUUGUGGACUCAUUAGAUGACUCAGUGGACAAGUACGCAGACAAUUUCACUAUCAAGAAUCCACUGGGUAGAGACAGGGAACCGGCAUCCACCUCAGUCAGGACUUUCAACAAAGCUGGCAUUACCUUACGUAGAAUGGCCAGCCACCUCUCUGGAUUACCCCGAAGAUUAAGAUCAACUAAUCUCCUUUGGAACGGAGACACACAAGCAGCCCUUCACAAGUUACAGGAUGAUGUCCUUGUUGCUGAUCCAGGAACAAGAUGCCACUAUAGCAAUGUUGCCUUUUCCUUAAUUGCCAAUAUCCUGGCCGAGAGAGUGACUGGAACGGACUUUGAAAAAUGGGUAUCCCAUAAUGUUUUGCAUCAGCUCAGCAUGAAGAACACCGGCUUCGACAUGACUCCUAUGAUUCAGAGACAGAUGGCAGUGGGUGUCUACAGCAAUGGUCAGCCAGCUCCCCUCUACAAUUUGGGCUGGUAUCGACCUGCGGGUCAGAUGUACUCCACAACAGCUGACAUGGCAAAGCUUCUAAUGGCUCUCCUGGGAUCACACAGUCGCACACUCCUCCGUAAAGACACCCUAAACACUAUGCUAGCCCCACUUUUCCAGUGCCAGAGUGGCUACUUUGCCAGCUACACUGGCACACCAUGGGAGAUCAACCAGCAACUGGGCUACGAUGUAGUAAGAAAGGAUGGUGACUUGGAUGGCUUUGCAGCCUCUCUGUCACUUGUGCCCCGUCUCAAAUUGGGACUGGUGGUCUUGAUGGCUGGGGUACGACCCUCAAAGCAGGAUUUGGUGAAGCAGUUAUACAGCCACCUCAUCCCUGAGGUGGAAGGCGCUUUCAGGGAUGCUGAACUGACACCUCGACCGCCGCCUGACCCAGCUCCAUAUAUAGGCUUUUUCACGUAUAGGAAUAUGACUUUCUAUGAAAUUAAAGUAGGGUCAGAUGGGGCCCUGUUCAUGCAACAGUUUGGACCACAGGUAGAUAUUAAUGUCCCUGACAAUUACCAAACCGUCCAUCUUCAGUAUCUUCAGGAUAGGGUGUUCAGAGUGGUUUUCAAGGGCCCAUAUCCUUGUAGGUUAAAGGUCAACAGUGCCUCCGUCUCCUUGGAGACUCAAGACAGACAGCUCUUUAAUUUUUACCUCUUCAACAAAAAAGGUGUGUCACCAGGUUUUGAUUCCCCAGGACUCAACACCUACAAAGUAAUGAGGAUAGCCAGCAAACCAUAUUUUAGCACAUGAAGUGAAUGAUAUAGCAUGUCAAAUACAGUUUAUCAUUAUAUAUAUAUAAUAUAUAUACAUUUAUAUAUCUUUUUGUCAAUGUCAUUAAAGCUGGCUUGCUCACAUAGCAAAACCAGAUGACUGUGGUUACUAGGAGCAUCAACGAUCACCCAUUUUCUGGACCGUUUAUUAUUUGAUGAGGACUCAGCUGUAUUUGAUUUAGGGUGAAAAGG